AUGUCUGCACACAAGACAUUGAAAAUAAAAAAGGUCCUUGCUAAGAAACAAAAGCAAAAUAGACCCGUUCCACAAUGGAUUCGUAUGCGUACCGAAAUUGAUAUUUGUACACAAUUGAAGCAAUUGUCUAUCAGUAAAAUUGAUUCUACUAGUCUUGUAAUGAUUCGGCUACAUCAUUUUGAAUCUGUUCACAAUCAAUUAUUAGCUGUUGGAUCCGACCGUUUAAGUGCAUUUGAAAGAAAAUAUGGUAUUGGUGGUCCAGUUCCAGAAGGUUUAAACAAUUAUCUUGAUGCUCAAUAUUAUGGUGAUAUUGGUAUUGGCACACCUCCUCAAUCCUUUCGUGUUGUUUUCGAUACCGGUUCUUCUAAUUUAUGGGUUCCAUCUGUUCAUUGUUCAUUACUUGAUAUAGCUUGUCAACUUCAUAAAAAAUAUGAUGGAUCUAAAUCGUCAACAUAUGAAGCUAAUGGAACAGAUUUUUCAAUACAAUAUGGUACAGGAAGUCUAAAAGGUUACGUGAGUGUUGAUACAGUAUCGAUUGGUGAGACAAAAAUUCAGCAUCAAGGUUUUGCUGAAGCAACUAAACAGCCUGGAAUCACGUUCAUCACGGCUAAAUUCGAUGGUAUACUAGGCUUGGCUUACCCAUCCAUAGCUGUCGACGGUGUUUAUCCUGUAUUCAAUAAUAUGUGGGACCAAAAACUAGUUCCGGAAAAUAUUUUUUCAUUUUGGCUUGAUCGAGAUCCGAGUAAUCCACGUGGUGGUGAAAUCAUCUUCGGAGGUUCCGAUCCACAAUUGUAUGAAGGAGAAUUUACCUAUGUUGAUGUAACAAGAAAAGAUUAUUGGCAAUUCAAAUUAGAUGGUAUUAGUCUGGGUGAUAGAAAAUAUUGUGAUGGUGGUUGUCAAGCAAUUGCUGAUACUGGCACUAGUCUUUUGGUUGGACCAAGUGAUGAAAUCGCAAGUUUGAAUUCGAAAAUUGGUGCUAUACCCAUCGUGGGUGGAGAAGAUUCGCAGGCAUUGAUAUACCCAGGACCUUUGUGGAUCCUUGGUGAUGUUUUUAUUGGUCCAUGGUAUACUGAAUUUGAUUUUGGUAACAAUCGCGUUGGAUUUGCAAAAUCUGUUUCACCGCCAACUGAAGUGUGGAGGAAUACAGUUAUCAACAGUUAUGGUGUGAUAACUGAUUAUCUAUCACCGGACAUCAAAUUAGGUGAACAGGAAGAUCAAAAUGAACAAUGGAAAGCAAAAGAUGUUCGUCGACUACAAUAUUGUUUACAAAUUGUUGAAUUGAUGAACCAUGUUGUGGUGAAUUAA